UGUAAGGCUGGGAUUAUGGGGAUGGAAGAGAAAUAUCCGAAUUUACGAAGAUAUUUUGGUAUCAAGAGGUGCUACAGCGCUCUGCUUUUGUUUGUCCUUUGUUUGAGAGAGCACGCCAGGGGAACUGACAUGGGGCUGCCCUCGGCCACCACCGCAUCUUUUUCAUUCUCGACUACGAUAAGCGCUGCCGCUGCCAGAGCCGCCGCCGCCGCUACAAAGCCAAGAUCCUUUCUCUACCGCGGCCUUUAUUUCCUUUCAACAUCUUCCUCUCCUCUGCUUCCUUCUCCUUUUGCAAAUUUUGACCGUAAAGCUUCAGUUCAUGUUCGGAGAAAACGCAGUUUGUAUCCUUGGAGAUCAUCUAUAGAUAAUGUUGCCCACAGAGUUUCUUGUAACCUGUUGAAAGUUGACGAUGACAUAAAUGAUGAGGCAUGUGAGUUAGUUAAUGGAGUGGAACUGUCAAUAGGUGAGGGUGUUGAUUCCAUCCAUGCUUAUCUCUUCAAGGCGGUGAAAAAUAAUAAUGGAACUGGCAUACUGCUUUUGUCUGAUAUUUUUGGGUUUGAAGAUUCAUCUACAAGAGACUUUGCAUAUCGUGUUGCCUGCAAUGGCUACAAUGUUCUAGUUCCUGACUUAUUUCGUGGAGACCCAUGGGCAAAAGACCGGCCAAUGACAAUGUUUGAACAUUGGUUAGCAAAACAAGAACCCCAGAGAGUUGCAAUGGAUAUUGCCACGGCAGCAAAAUGGAUGGCUGAUGAAUUUUUAGCUGUGGGAAUCUCAAAGAAGCUGGGCAUAAUUGGGUUUUGCUUUGGAGGAGGCCGACUGAUUGAGGUGCUAUCUAGAGACCAAGGAGCUUGUUUUGGCGUUGGGGUCUCCUUUUACGGUACGAGGAUGGAUCCAUCAGUAGCUUCCAAUGUUAAGGUUCCAGUAUUGUUUAUUUCAGGGGACAAUGAUCCACUUUGCUCAGUCAAUGUCUCGAAAGAUAUCGAGAAGAGAAUUGGUCAUGGGUCAAGGGUAAUUGUUUUUCAGGAAAGAGGUCAUGGCUUUGCGCAUCGUCCUAACUCCCCUGAAGAAGAUAGAGAUGCAGAGCUAGCUUUUGUACUCAUGAGAAAUUGGCUACACGAUGGUUUGGUCUUAGAAGAAUGAGGACAGGCUAUGCAAAUUCAUUGCGCUUGUCAAGUUUGCUGCAUCCGCUGCUGAUGAAUAGGCUGAAAUUUCUUGGGAGAGUAAUGAUGGAACACCGAAGGUUUAAUGCUGUAGAUAGUUUGUGUCAAAAGUUCUGCAAGAUGCAUUGUUGAAUAGAAAACAUAGUAGAGGAAGUCAUGUACUUUGUUCAAAUUGUAAUUAUCCUAACUCCGAUGUUGUACAAACGGUAAAGCCAAGCAUUGCAGGAUUGUAGUCUUAGAAUUCUAUAUAUUUAGCUGUAAAAAUCAUAUAUCAUGUGUAUUGAAAAUUUAAAUAAAUAAAUAAAUAAAAAGAUAGCUUCCGCCUGA